GACUACGGCCCCAGCAGCAUAGGAAUGCCGGGAGACCGGCGGCUCGGACACACGUGGGGGGCCAAGAGUGAGCCAUUCAGUGUACGGGUUAGCAAAGGGGCUUCACAGGCUCCUGUUUUCGACAGCUACCUGAGCGAUGAGAGUGACUGUCCGUUUUCAACUGACGAUGAGACAAGCUAAUGGCACAAAGCCGAGACGGCAUAACGCGCAAAAAUCUAGCAGCAGCAACAUGGGCGUCGUGGGCGGGCGCAAGUACUUGAACCGGAGCCUGCUGGGCCAAGGAGACACGUAUGAUCUGGAGCAAAGGUAUUUGUGUUUCCGUCAGCAUGGACGUCGAAACCCAAGCCAAAGGCAGGCAGCGAAGGGAUGGGGCUCGGAAAUUGGUCGCUCCGCGGGACGCACAUUCUCGUCUUCAACCACAUCUACUGUCACAUCGAAUCGUAACUGCAGUAGGAGCCGGGCCACUACCCAAAAGCCAGAGAAGAUUCGUCGCCAUGAGUCUUGGAUCGAGUCGUUACGCGGUCGCAUGGGUCGUUCCAAGACACCCAGAGAUUGCGAGGCAGAUCCCGUCAGGAGCUCAGGAUCUCUGCCUGACGAUACUGGGUAUUGGGGGGAGGAUGACGAGGUCAACAGAGUGUGCACAGCGGAGGUCCACCAAAACACUCCGAAGCUGGCGGCAGGGACUGAUAGACAUCAGCUAAAACACCGCCAGUGUAAGAGCGAGUUGAUAAACUUCAGUCGCAGUGAUGUUACAUUUGUCUCUGAGGCUGAUGGUGCGGAUACCAUGGGAUUUGACACCACCAGCACGGCCACCACCAUGUCCGACAGCAGCAGUUCUUCCUGCCGCACCACUGCUGUCGAAGCCAUGAUGACCCAUUUGCCGACCAGAACGACAACGAGGACGACGACUAUCCGUACUACUAGAGUCGCCCUUCCAAUCUCUCAUUGUGCUUUACAUUUGAACGAUGCCUGUAUGUAGCAAGAUACACUUUUAGAAA